UUUGUACAAGUCCAGAGCUUGGGAGGGGAGGGGAGUGGGGAACAGUAACUGCCUUCACUCGGGUCUGUGCCAGAGACAGGGAAGGUUAUCGGAAUGGGAGUGGAGAAUGUUACAAACUGCUGAUGCAGGAAAAACAAAACUCUCUGGGAAAAGUUGUCUCACUCCUUGAAGAGUUCGGAACGAGCUGUUUUAUUUUUGGUUAUUUUGACCCAACAACAAACAUUGGAGAUUUAUUUUUUGGGAAGAGGGGUUUAAUUUCUGUGUGUUAGUUUGUGUUUGUUGCAAUGUCUCAUUCGACCAGCGAGGACUCUGAGCGGACCACACAGCUCAGACACCUGAACAAGGCAGUGUGCAGGAGUUUAUUUGGGAAAUUGGACCAUGAGGAACUCAGCAAGGAUAUGAAAACUCAACUGAAGGAGAUCAAAAACUCCCACUGCCAGAGGUGGAACUUCGACUUCGAGAACCACAGUCCCCUGACUGGCAAUUAUGUCUGGGAGGCUUUGGACUCCAGGGACCUUCCCAGUUUCUACUGGGAGUCCCCCGCUUCUGUUCCAACCACCGAGAGUGAGGGCGACACGGAGACUCUCGAGAGCGGGGGCCGGGCAAAGAAAAACGGGAAAAGUCCCAGGAAAAGCGAGGUCAAAGCCGGUGUCAGGAGCAGAAAGAGGGAGAGCACAACCCCCAUAACAGAUUUCUUCCCAAGACGCAAGAGGAUUGUCAGCUCCAAGUCUUUGAUUCCCGGAGAGACAACUCCACGGAAAAGAUUCCGGUAAAAUCAGCCAGGGCACUUGAGUGAGAGAAAGAUACUUUUUGCUUUUGGUUUUUCAAUAAACUGACGCUUUGAAACAACUCCCUACUCAGGUCAAAGUUAAUCUGAUCCUGAAUGCGAUAAAAUCCUGAGGGGGAGACUCCAAAAAGAGCAGAAGAUCAUUUCCAAACAUCUGCAUUGGGAGUCGAUGUAGAGUCCAUGUUCCGGGUACACUGUCGGCUCCUCUGUGACCUCCUCGUGUGAAGAACCUUCCAGACUCAAAACUGUACAAUAAAUCGCUGACACUCCUCACCAUAAAGCACAACCCACAACCCAGGACAAUCUCCACGUCGAACAUGCUGAAGACCAUUGACAGCUGACGCUGCUGGCUUUAUUUGGCUGGGAGUAACAAAACAGGUCUGGCUGCCUCAACCAGAGUCAAGGGGAAAGCUCUGGUGAACAUUGUGGUGGUGAAAUGUACUUUGAGGUGGUUGAUGUGAGUGCUGCAGCAAGGAAUCAGAGUUUGCAUUGAUGUAGCAUCACCCUAGAUUUAACCUGGUGCUGUACCUGACCUGACCUGCUGCUUUAUUUACUAACUAGUGGAGGUGCCAAUGCUGGACAAAGUCAGAAGUCACCCAACACCAGGUUAUAGUCCGUCAACUGAUGAAGGAGCAGCACUCGGAAAGCUUGUGAUUUCAAGUAAACCUGUUGAAUUAUAACAUGAUGUCAUGUGACUUCUGACGGUUUACUAACUAGUGACAGUAAUAUGUAGCUCAUGAAUGCUAUGGUAUGUAUACAGAUACAGAGGGAGAUGUGAAUGUGCCGUAUAUCAUGACAGACCAUGUUGAGUGUGCACUAGAAUAUUGUCAAUUGACAUUUCUGUUUUCCACCUCUCCGACAUUAUCCAAACAUGUGAGAGGUCCCACAGCUAAGAUAAAACUGUCUAGGAGUAUAUAUGGAGCCUUGCAUCAGUCUGGAAUAAUACUGAAACUAUGAUAAGUGAAGCAUUUAGCUUUUUGGGGAUGUGGGGCAGUGGGAGGUUGAACGCAGGCCUUGGCUUUGUUCCAUUGAGGGAACUUUGAUUUAACAAAUUGAAUCUCUGCGUUUGUGCUAAGCUGCGAUUUCGUCAUUGCUAUUUUGAUAACUGGGUAGCUGAUCUGACUGGUAGUGCCCAGCCACAGGCAUUGUCCACCUCAGUGACUGUAUCCAGCAAGAAAAUAAAAUUCCAAAAUCCAACAAUGGGACAGUGCCAAAAAGGGCCCAGUUCCAGAGUCACCACAAACAGGUUGUGUCUUCCAUGACUGUGAAAAGACCUGUAAAUUUCCACAUGGGGCCUGACCCAAAGAUGACCAGGGAAUACAAAUCUUGUAAAAUAUGUGCCUGAAAAUAAAAUUAGCCCUACGAUGCGAC